UGUGCUAGCAUGAAGCUCUCAAACAUCCUCAGAAAUGUUGAUGUGGCUCUUGUGAACUGUCUGAAAAGUCUGUAAAAAGAUUUCAUUAUGAAACCCUUUGCUCCUAUUUUUUUUUGGAUGUUUAGCCUCGUCUUGGCAAACCAAGAAGAGCGGUUGCCGAAUAAAUGCGAAGUUUGCAAGUUACUGACUGUGGAGCUGCAGGACGCCUUAGAGAAAACUGGCCGCUCGAAAGAGGUUUUAGAGAUCGGAGAAGUUUUGGAUAGUGGCAAGAGAAGACGCAAAAUAAAAUACAACACUUCAGAGACUCGACUCACUGAGGCAAUGGACAACAUCUGUGAAAGAAUUCUGCAGUAUAAAGUACACGCUGAGAGACCAGGGAGCCUUCGCUAUGCUAAGGGCACCAGUCAGACAAUGAGCACACUGAAGAACCUGGUGAAUAAGGGAGUGAAGGUUGAACUUGGGGUUCCUUAUGAACUGUGGGAUGAGCCUUCAGUGGAGGUAGCGGACAUGAAGAGGCAGUGCGAAACAAUGUUAGAAGAACAUGAAGAAGUUGUAGAGAACUGGUACUUCCAUCAUCAAGAUGAGAAACUUGACAAAUUCUUCUGUGAGGCCCAUGUUCUGAGAAACUCAGACCAAGAGUGCCUGAAGGAGGCAUGGAAAGGUGACAUGAGAAUAAAGGAAUCUAAGGAGAAAAGUGAGAAAGAGGGAAAAAGACAGAACCAUGACUCAGCAGAACUCUGAAUGAAGAGAUGCAAUGAUUGAUGAAUGGACACGAAUGACAGGAGAUUUGAGGUUACUUGUGGAAGAACAGGAUUGUCAACAUAGUUGAUAAAAUGGAAUGCAGUGCAAUGCUCUUGGCUUCAACCAAGCGAGAAAAUCAAGCAGCUGUCAUAACUUUCCAUAUUUGUUUUCCUUGCCAGAUGGGAUUUGGACAGUGCUUGCUGUUUUACCUCUCUGUCCAGCUGUUUUACCAAUUUGUCCAUAUUUUGAAUGUCUUUUUUACACAGCGUUACCAAGAAUUAAGACUGUAAAUGUAUCUUUAUUUUUUAGUGUCUCAGAGUAGGUAUAGGCAGUAACAUAAAAAAUAGACUUAAUUUUGUACAUGUAUUUUUUUAUUGAAUGGUGCAGUCGUUUGACAUCAUGUUACUAUUUCCCACAAGUUAAUCGUGUUGGCUGUUUUAUGAAGGGGACAGUUUUGUGUAUUUUCGGGAACUGUAGAAUGCUUGUGUAUUCGUUAUAGUUUUCCCUAUGCAAUAAGAAGUUUUUUAAACACUUUUUUUUAAAUGUUACAUUGUUGUAACAGUAAUACGGUUAACGUAUUGUUGCAAUAAAAUUACUCCGUGCCUUCAUUAUUUGGUUUUAUAAACAAAGGAAACAAGACAAUUUUACCUUGAGAUGAACACUAUUAACACAUCUAUUUUAUAUGAAGCAAAGCAUAUUUCUAAGUACCCGUUUAGUUUAAAGGAAUGUAAUGUUAGGGGUUCUUUGAUUUUUGAUUGUUUUAUAAAGCUUAUAUAGCAGUACCAAGGCUUCUCGGGUUCUAUGUGCAUCUUUAAGACGCUCUCGUAAUUCUCAGAAAGCGAAAUCUAUAGAGUUUAUGUAGGCCCAAAACUCACGCACAUGGAAUCCGCACAAACACGCGCGAUGCAAACGCACUUAAUGACAGCCACGCGCAGGAAGCUGCCCCGCGAUUGCGCAUUUAUACUCCGCGAGAGAGCAGAACAGUAUCAGCAAGCGGAAAAGAAUCCUCGCGCGGGAGUAUUUCUGUUCCGCGAGAAAAAACUCAGUCCGCGAGCAGAGCCUUUGACGAGCGCGUGCGCGAUUCUCUAUGCUCUCGCAACUGCUCAACACUUGCUCUCUCGUUGAGUUGACUUCUGAGGCUUUGGAGGCGGGACUAUGGCAGAUGUCUCCGCUCAUUUGAUUGGUAACUUUUAACAUGCACAUAUUUGUUAAUGUGCAUCACUUCUCUCUGAGGGAAUGAAGCAAGGCAGCACUCUCCUUGUAUUGUUAUGUGAUUAUAUUAGUAGGCUUAAGAACCACAGGUCGAGAUUUGUUUAAAUUAUGCAAAAUUAAAGCUUGUCUUAUUUAUAAGCUUUUUUAUUAAAUAAAUGUUUUAAGAAA